AUGGAAGCAACGACCGCCCCGUCCCUGGAGGGUACCGAGCCGCAUUGCAUCUUUGCUGCUGCAUGCUGCACUGCCGCAGGUCAAGUGCGUUUGCGUUGCUGUUGGCAGCACCCUCCCCCGGGUGGAGUGUGGUACCUGACAGUGUGUUCCAAGCGGUUAAAGGUACAUUCACUUUCUUCUCCUUAG